UGUCCGUCUCUUAUUACAGUCCCACUCUGACAAGAUGAGCUGACAUGUUAUGAAAUUACACCGACCCAACUUGAACCAUAUCGUGAUAAGUGUCUUAUCUUACACUGUGGCUUGGAUGACUGCGGCUUAUAUUAAGUAUGCACUCCCAAAUAUUAUGCAGCGGUACAGCUGCGGCUGUCGCUGUGCGGAGAAUGCGGAAUAUUUUGGGCUCUGUCGUGGGACGAGACAGCUGGAUGUGGAGAACCUGUGAGGUCAAACUUCUCAACACAUCGUCAGGUGACACAGUGAAAAUAGGAGACAUCACUUACAAAAUCAAAACACCAAGGAAUCCAGAGCUUGUUCCUGUCAAACACAUUUCAGACUCCCUUCCUCAGGCUGUGGCCCAGCAUUUACGAUGGAUUAUGCAGAAAGACCUGUUGGGCCAGGAUGUGUUUCUCAUUGGCCCCCCUGGACCCCUGAGAAGGUCCAUAGCAAUGCAGUACCUAGAGUUGACCAAACGUGAAGUAGAGUAUGUGGCCUUGUCCCGGGACACCACAGAGACUGACCUUAAACAGAGGAGAGAGAUCCGCUCAGGGACGGCCUUCUACAUAGACCAGUGUGCUGUAAGAGCAGCAACACAAGGGCGUGUCCUGGUCCUGGAGGGGCUGGAGAAGGCAGAAAGAAAUGUCCUACCUGUUCUCAACAACCUCCUGGAGAACAGAGAGAUGCAGCUGGAGGACGGGCGCUUCCUUAUGUCAUCUGAGCGUUAUGACAAGCUGCUGCAGGAGCACACCAAGGAGGAGUUGGAUACCUGGAAGAUUGUCCGUGUAAGUGAGGACUUUCGGGUUAUAGCUCUUGGUCUACCUGUGCCCAAGUACAAGGGCAACCCUUUGGAUCCUCCUCUUCGUUCUCGCUUCCAGGCCAGAGACAUCUAUUACCUACCAUUCAAGGAUCAGUUGGAAUUGUUGUACACAGCAGGACCAAACAUUGCUGCAGAAAGGGUGUCCCAGCUGCUGUCAUUAGCCACUACGCUGUGCUCCCAGGAAUCAUCCACCCUGGGCCUUCCUGACUUCCCUGUGGAUAACCUGCUUCCUGCUCUCCAUGUGCUGAAUGUUUUUCCCAUGCUGUCGUCACAGCAGCUUGUGCAGAGACUGUACCCCUAUACCAGCAUACUGGGCAAGGAUGGGCGUACUGCUGUGGAGGGUGUCCUCAGUAGAUUUGAGCUUUUUGAUGCUCGUCGUCAGCCAGCACCUAGUGCAGUUCUGAGUGUGUCCACUACAAAGGACGCUGGGGGUCAUGCAAAUGUCACAUUAGGUAUUGCAGACAAAGAGGUCACCUUUCAGGUUCCAUCAGGCACCAAUGAGCCACGUCCACCCAACAGUAGCUCCAACUUCAUCAAUACGCCAAGCCACUCCCAGCUGAUUGCUGAAAUGAUGCAAUCACACAUGGUUAAGGACAUGUGCCUGAUAGGAGCCAAGGGUUGUGGCAAGUCAGUGAUUGCAAGAGAAUUUGCUGAGAUACUGGGCUACAGCAUAGAACCAGUCAUGCUCUACCAGGACAUGACUGCUCGGGACCUUCUCCAGCAGAGAUACACUCUCCCUAAUGGAGACACUUCAUGGAGGCCUUCUCCACUCGUCACUGCUGCCAUUGAGGGCAAGUUACUGCUGCUGGAUGGUAUUCACCGAGUCAAUUUGGGAACCCUGGCUGUACUGUCCAGGUUGCUUCAUGACAGGGAGUUGGAUCUGUACGACGGGUCCAGGCUGCUGAGGUGGGACAGAUACCAGACUCUAAAAGAAGAACAGCAGUUGAGUGACCAGCAGCUCCAGGAGAGGUCAAUCUUCCCCAUUCACCCAUCAUUCAGGGUGCUGGCCUUGGCAGAGCCCCCUGUUGUUGGUGCUAAUACAAGUGCUACGAACAGCAAAGGUCAACAGUGGUUAGGCCCAGAGCUGCUCACCAUGUUCCUCUACCACACUGUCACUCCACUGAGCAAAGCAGAGGAGAUGGGCCUCAUAGAUGGACUGACUCCCAAUGUUCCAAAGGAAGCAGCAGAGCAGCUAUUGCACCUCACUCACAGCCUCCGCAAGACAAACGACCCUACGGCACAGUCUCUGGCCUCAUCUCUGUCCACCAGACAGCUGUUGAGGAUCUGUCGUCGUCUUUCUCAGUAUCCUGAGGAGAGCAUUGCUCGCGCUGUCAACAAGGCUUGUCUCUCUAGAUUCCUGCCCAGUCUGGCUCGUUCAUCUCUGGAGAAAAGCCUCUCCAAUUCUUCCAUAGUGGACACAGCAGAUCCUGCUGAACACACUCGAGAUUACAGCUCUAAGGUAAAGGAUGGUGUGCUGACCAUUGGCAGUGUGUCAGCUCCUGUCUACAACCCCAGUGAGAAAAUGAAGAUUCCAGAUGUGCUCUUCUAUGAUAAUCCACAGCAUAUGAUGGUGAUGGAGGACAUGCUGAAAGACUUCCUUUUAGGAGAGCACCUCCUCUUGGUGGGCAACCAGGGUGUGGGCAAGAAUAAAAUAGUGGACCGGUUCCUGCACCUACUGAACCGCCCCAGAGAGUACCUACAGCUCCACAGGGAUACAACUGUCCAGACCCUCACCCUACAGCCUUCAGUCAGAGAUGGUAUUAUCACAUAUGAAGACUCACCUCUGGUAAAAGCAGUAAAGAUGGGUCACAUUUUAGUGAUCGAUGAGGCAGACAAAGCUCCCACUAAUGUCACCUGUAUCCUAAAAACCCUGGUAGAAAGUGGUGAAAUGAUUCUGGCUGACGGUCGUAGAAUCAUCUCAGAUCCACGUGAAGCCAGAGGGAGACCCAACACCAUACUCAUGCACCCAGACUUCAGAAUGCUUGUACUUGCUAACCGACCUGGUUUUCCUUUCCUGGGAAAUGACUUCUUUGGAGCUCUCGGCGAUAUCUUCAGCUGCCAUGCUGUGGACAAUCCAAAGCCCCAGGCAGAGCUGGCAAUGCUGAAACAGUACGGUCCAGAUGUUCCUGAUGCUACUCUGCAGAAGCUUGUAGCAGCCUUUGGAGAACUGAGAUCAAUGGCUGAUCAGGGCACCAUUACGUACCCCUACUCAACCCGCGAGGUUGUCAACAUUGUUAAACACCUUCAGAAAUUCCCAGAGGAGGGUUUGGCCAACGUGGUGCGAAAUGUCUUUGACUUUGACUCCUACAAUAAAGACAUGCGGGAGGUUCUGAUUGAAGCGUUGCACAAACACGGGAUUCCCAUCGGAGCCAAACCUAACGCUGUCAAACUGGCUAAGGAGUUGCCCUUGCCUGAGGUAAAGAUGACAGGGUACUGGACCAUAAACCAAGGUGGCAAUGCACGACGCAAACUGCUCUGUCCUACUGAGACACACCCCAUAGACAUCAAGGGUCCUGUGUUUCUGCGUGUUCAAGGUUACCCCUGCAACAGACAGGAAAGCAGGGCUUUGAGUUUUAGCGAAGAGAAAGCCCACUGGCAAAUUCCCAUGAAUGAAGUCAACAUCAUUUGCGAUGUCACCACCAAAGAUGACACGCUCUACGUGGCCACGUGUAAUCCAGUUUCCCUAUACUCAAUGAAGGAGCAGGGGGACACAAUCCACUGCAUUGAGCUUUAUGAUGUCUUUCCCCGGACCAUCAGUGGGGUCUGGCAGCCCUUUGUCACCGUCGCUCCCCUUGGAAAUCCACUGGAUGGACAGGUCGUACUGCAUGAAGAACAGAGUAACACGGUGCUUCAUUUGGAUAUGGUAACGGGUGCUGUGCGGAGGCUCAUCUUGUCUCAGGACAAUGAUCAACCGUCUGCCAAAAUCUCCCACUGGUGGAGCAGCAAGGAAGAGCAGGGAGGACAUAAAAUGUGUCGGGACUUUGCCCAUAAAAACUGGCUCCUGUUCUACAAAGAGAACGGCAACCAGGUGGAGGUGCUGGAUGUGCUGGAGGGACGGGUGCACUCCAUCUCCCUCCCCAUCAACCUGAAGUCUGUCUUCCUAGUGGCAGAGGACCGCUGGUUACUGCUGGAGAGUGAAACCAACAAGAAGUUCCUGCUGACCAAACCCAUGCAUAUGACAGCUGAAGACUCUGGUGUGUGUCAGCUCCAUAGCAUCAGUGAUGACCCAGUCAGCUCAGGCCAUGGAACCAGCCCAGCUGAGGUUUCCGUACCACAGAUGCUGUCAAGUGACCAGCUGCCCAAUGAAAAUCUCAGUGCUGCUCUGGACCAGAAGAUUGUUUCACCUAAUCGCAUUCUGGCUGACACCGGUUCCUUUGCACAGCUCAUUGUUGGCUUCCCAGACUUAAUGUCACCUAAUGAAGUAUACAGCUUUAAGAGGCCUGCUGACCUGUCCACGAUGAAGAGUGGGGAAAGUGGAGCUCACAUGUUUCUCAGAGGUGGGCUUAGGACCAGCACGCCAAAACAGCAUAAUUGUGUCAGUCUGCUGUCAGCCAAUCAGGUCGUCCGAGCCCUUCCACCCAAUAAGGUGCCCCUGAAGGACGUCUACCCUAAAGAUGUCACACCGCCACUGACAGCGGCAUACCUGGAGGUGACUGAUCUGAACUCAAAAAAAGUCAAAUAUAUCCCUGUUCCAAGGUCCAUGUCUGUGUCGCCUUACACCAACUGGUUGGCUAAAGUGUCUGAGACUGAUGUGCUGAUAGCAGGUCUGAGCUCUGGAGGAGUCGUUACAGUGGACAUGGGUGGAUACAUCCGGCUCUGGGAGACAGGACUGGACACCCUGCAACGAUCGCUCAUGGAAUGGAGGAAUAUGAUUGGGUCAGAGGAUGGCAGACCUUUACAGAUUACCAUUCAGAGGGACAGCGGUAUGGAUGUCACAGCCCCAAAACAUGGCAAAGUUGACCCAGUCAAUGCUCCUCAUGUUGGGGGAAACCAGUGGGCAGGAGGCACAGGUGGCAGAGACACAGCAGGGCUCGGUGGGAAAGGAGGACCCUAUCGCCUAGAUGCCGGACACAAAGUUUACCAGGUGUCCCAGGCUGAGAAGGAUGCAGUUCCAGAGGAGGUCCGCAGAGCUGCUCGUGAAAUGGCCGAGAAAGCUUUCAAAGAAAGGCUGAAGGAGAUCGAUAUGAGCGAAUAUGAUGGUGAAACCUAUGAGCGCUUCUCCAACGCUGUCAAGAGACAAGUUCAGUCCCUGCGCAUCAUCCUCGACAGUUUACAGGCAAAAGGAAAGGAGCGGCAGUGGCUGAAGAACCAGGCUCUGGGAGAACUGGAUGAUGCAAAGAUCAUCGACGGACUGACUGGAGAGAAGGCCAUAUAUAAACGCAGAGGAGAGCUGGAUCCAGAGCUGGGCAGUCCUCAGCAGAAGCCCAAGCGUUUACGGGUCCUAGCUGACGUGUCGGGCAGCAUGUACCGCUUCAACGGCGUGGAUGGCAGACUGGAGCGCUCCAUGGAGGCGGUGUGCAUGGUCAUGGAGGCUCUGGAGAACUACGAGCACAAGUUCAAGUAUGACAUAGUGGGCCACUCAGGUGACGGAUUCGACAUCGAGCUGGUCAGAGCUGACAAAGUUCCCAAGAAUAACAAACAGAGACUCAAAGUUCUGAGGAACAUGCAUGCUCACUCUCAGUUCUGCAUGAGCGGCGACUAUACUCUGGAAGGAACCGAAGCCAGCAUUAAAGAGCUGGCCCGAGAAGAGGCAGAUGAGCACUUUGUGGUGGUUCUGAGUGACGCCAACCUGGAGCGCUACGGUAUCCGACCGGAGCGAUUCGCCCGCGUUCUGACCUCCGACCCACAGGUCAACGCUUUUGCCAUCUUCAUCGGUUCCCUAGGUGAUCAGGCAGAAAGACUCCAGAAGACCCUUCCAGCGGGGAGAUCCUUCGUUGCCAUGGACACAAAGCAGAUCCCACAAAUACUGCAGCAGAUCUUCACAUCCACAAUGCUGUCCAAUGCAUGAGUCCGGCUCGAACAUGGUCAUUUACUCACUCACACACACACACACACACACACACACACACACACACACACACACUCAAAGCCUCAAAUGUAGUUGGGUUGUUUUUGAAACACAAUCUGGGUAUCAGAUCGUGUUGUUUUAUUAAAUCUGAUAAAAUACUGAUAAGGAGGAAGUCAGUUAUUAUUUUCAGAGGCCUUCAGUUUGUUUGUAAAAUCUGGAUUUGUGUGUUGCGUGAGUCAAAAUAAUCUUUUGCUGCUUUGUAGAGCCCCUUGGGUAAAAGGUACUGUACAAUGUAAUGUGGACAAACCCUGUGAUCUUGUACAUUAUGAUUGUGUUCCACUGUGAAAUGACACACACUAUAAAGAAACGACAGUAGCAUUACAACAGCCCCGGAGCCUGUCUCAGACCCCAUGUUGGGAUCAAACACACACUGCGACCUGUUGUUUUGGAUUGUGUUCUGAACCAACGUGUGUGUUUGUCCGCUCUUUGGUUUGUGACUUAUGGGGGGGGGGGGGGGUGAACUUGGAGCAGCCUCACUUAUUUGGACUCCUUCCUCAUUUAUCGUCCGUCAUGCAGAAAAACACACAGACAUGCAGGAAGGGUGACACUGCCGCGACACCUGCCCGACACUUGGAUGUGUGGAGCUGCGGUAACUCGGCUCCUCUGGAAUGCCGGGGCUCUGACCAGGGAAUUUCCCACCUGACUGCACACGCUCUUUAAAGUCCGCCUCUGUUGCGCAACCCCCCCGCUGUCGUUGUGUGCGUGUGACCGAAUGUGUUCUCCUACAGCAUCUAUGUCAACACGCACACCCCUUUCCUUCCUGACUGGGGGGACCUUGUGACGCCGUGCGUUGGUUUCAGUCCUGAGAUCGCCUUUCAUUGGCAGACCUCCCACCCUCCUUUUACAAACACACAAACACCUCUGCCACCACAAGGCACAUUUGUAGAAAAAUCUGGAGUCAAUAUGUUAAUGUUUGCUACUACAUCAGAUAGAUGCAUCUCUGCCUGUAUUAAGUGCUGUCAGAUUAAUUCUCCAUUCGUGCCAGUUUUCAGUCAUGUGCAUUCAUCAGUUUGCCCGUGGUUGAUCAUACAUUUAUGCCUCACUGUGCUUUAACCAUACGAUCAAUACGAUUUGGCAAAACUCCACUGGUCCCAAUUGAUCCUCUCAGUUCGAGUGAUGUCCCUGUUAUCACUAACCUACUUUAAUUUGCUGAUGGGGUGAAAAAAGCACAACUGUCUCCCCAUAAAAGUGACUUCAUUGUAGACUAAAUUCUAUGUAGACAUGAUCAAACAUCACUGUAUAUUCAUAUAGUCAUAUACUGUCUUAUGUGCAGGAGUUUGUGUUUAUUUUAUCACUUUUAAUUGUAUAUUGUAAUUAAUUUAUGUUAAAUAUGUUGUAAAAGUAAAUGUAUGAUAUUGUAAUAUUGUAAUAAAUCACCUUACAGUAACAUU